GAGCUUUUUCCCACCACUUGCGUUGUUCGCUGUGCUGUAACUAAAAAACACCUUGCUUUUGGGCGCUCACACGGUGGAAAAGUCCUUCAGAAAUGUAGCGAAAAAAACGUCGUUUCUUGUCUCCAUAAUAGAAACCAUUUUAUGAAGGUCCGCCUCAGAAGUCCGUAACCCCGGUCUCCGACAACAUGGCCGCGGGCUGUGUGACACUCACGAGGGGUGACUCGGCCUCUAGUUGCAGUCACCGGGGAAAGUGACAAUGGGGCGGGGCGUGCGACCAUAACAAAGUGCGGCAUGGAGGCGAUCCGGAGCCGAGCUCUGUCCGUGUUCAGGAGGCCGAGCGACCCCCGCUCCGUGCAACUGAGGAAGAGGAAAUCCAAGCUGUACAGCAAGGACCCCCGGGGGGCGAAUACAGGGGGAGGUCUCUUUGGAGAAAAUUCCAUCUUUGUUUUGCUGACAUUUGCCUUUCGAGUGUUUAACUGCUUCAUGGUGCAGACCAGCUUUGUUCCGGAUGAAUAUUGGCAAUCCCUGGAAGUUGCUCAUAAUAUGACUUUUAAUUAUGGCUAUUUAACAUGGGAAUGGAAUGAAGGACUGAGGGGCUUCACUUACCCAUUGCUCUUUGCCUCUGUGUAUAAAGUUUUGGAUUGGAUUGGCAAGGAUGAAGUCUUCUUCUUGGUCUGGAUUCCAAGAUUGAUACAGGCUGUAUUUUCUGGCCUUGCAGAUGUAAGACUGUACGGCCUAAUGAGGCGCCUGGAAAAUGAAAAUGUGGCAAAAUGGGUGUACUUUUGUCAGCUGUGUUCGUGGUUUACCUGGUUUUGUUGCACAAGAACUCUCACAAACACGAUGGAAACUGUACUUGGCACAUUGGCUCUGUAUUCAUUCCCACUGGAAGGUUCACCAACAAAGAGCAGUACUAAAUACUUGCUAUUUGUGGCUUUGGCUUUUCUUAUGCGACCAACCGCCAUCAUUCUUUGGAUUCCAUUGCUCAUCUAUCACUUCUUUAAAGAGCCGAAAAAACUUGAUUUGGUGCUACAACAAUGUUUACCUGUUGGACUCUUUACUUUUGGGGCCUCACUGAUAAUUGACAGAGUAUUUUUUGAUAAGUGGACAGUUGUUCAGUGGAAUUUUCUGAAAUUUAAUGUUCUGCAAAAUAUCGGGUCAUUCUAUGGGUCUCAUCCAUGGCACUGGUACAUCAGCCAAGGAUUUCCAGUCAUCAUUGGCACACACCUACCAUUCUUUAUACAUGGUGUUGUGGUGGCACCAAGACGAUACAUAGUUCUGUUGGUAGCUAUAGCUUGGACUUUGCUAAUAUACAGCUUUUUAAGCCAUAAAGAAUUUCGAUUUAUCUAUCCGGUGUUGCCGCUCUGCAUGAUCUUCUGUGGUUUCUCCUUUUCGCGUUUCAAACGUUGGAAGAAGACAGCUGUUGGUGUUUUGGUGAUGUCAAACCUCCUUCCUGCCCUUUACACUGGCUUAGUUCAUCAACGAGGAGCUCUUGAUGUGAUGUCUAAUAUUCAACAGCUGUGUACCAAAGAGAAUUCCUCCCUCCUGGUUCUAAUGCCCUGUCACUCCAUUCCCUACUACAGUCAUGUCCACUGCCCUCUAAAGAUGGAUUUUCUUGAGUGUCCCCCGGAUAUUGGAGACCCUGAGAUGUAUGUGGAUGAAGCUGAGCUCUUUUAUAUGAGCCCCAUAGCCUGGCUUAAUGCAGAAUUUCAUGAUCCCACCAGACUACCCACACAUCUGGUAAUGUUCAGUGCUCUAGAAAAGGAAAUAAGUACAUUUCUGACUACAAACAGUUAUGUGAAGAAAGCAUCUAUAUUCCAUACUCAUGUGCCAGAGGGUCGAAUUGGAAGCCACAUCUACAUGUAUGAACGGGAGCUGAACUGAAGGAGGGUGAUGUUUUGGGUCAUGCUAUAUGUCAUCGUAAGGGCAUAAGAUCCUUUGUAGGCCCAACUAAAUAGAACAUAAAGAUGCAAUAUUCAUAUUGAAGUGACAAUGCCAUUCCUAUAAACUUACCUCAAUUAACUUGAUCACUGUGACGCAACACUAAUAUUUCUAUGAGGCUUUGCACCCUGGGGACUCAAAGCACUUCUCUAAUUGGUAUUGGGAUCUUUGAAGAGAUGGAUUUGUCAGAUGUUACUAUAUGGCUGGAUGGACAGACGUGGUUUGUCUGUCUGGACAAUGGAUGGCAGAGCGUUCCCUAUUGUGAGCGGUGUGAUCGAAUACAAGCAGCAAAUUGUUUUUUUGGGGAGAGGAGAACUACACUUCAAAUAGUUUGCCCUUCAAGGUACCUAAGCAAGCAAGAGCCGCAAAUCAAAGUUGCUACUGGAUACGUGUGUAUGUAUAAAUUGCUGACAAAAA